AUGUCUAAAACAUAUGCUUUCGAUCCAGCCAAAGAUAUCCCUCCACUCGAUGGAAAGGUGAUACUCAUAACUGGCGCAAACACCGGCCUUGGUAAGGCCACUGCUAUUGAACUGGCCAAGCACUCACCUGCCCAUGUCUACAUCACCUCACGCAACUCCGCCAAAGGGAAUGCUGCUCUUGAGGAAGUCAAAAAGACAGCUAGUGAAGGCACAAAGGUCUCUCUCCUGGAGCUUGAUCUAUCCAGCUUCGAAAGCAUCAAGUAUGCAGCCGCCGAGUUCCUCAAACGAGAGGGCAGACUCGACGUUCUCUUGCUAAAUGCUGGAGUCAUGGGCGCUCCACCUACCCUUACCAAAGAUGGGUAUGAGAUGCACAUGGGAACCAACCAUCUCGGGCACGCCUUACUCCUUAAACUCAUCAAACCUGUCCUUGACAAGACCCCCGAUGCUCGUGCCGUCCAUCUCAGCUCUGCUGGAUUCCGUCACGUCGGGCCGACAGGUAUUGAGUUUGAUACUCUAAAGUCAGCUAAGAGUGAAACGGCUUUACCUUUACGAUACGCCCAAAGCAAACUUGCUUGCCUUCUCUAUGCUAGAGAAGCAGCCAAGCGAUAUCCCGGUUUCAAGAACAUAGCCAUCAACCCAGGCGAAGUUCAGACAGAACUUUUCACUCGCGAGCCUGGAGAUGACUUGAUGAAACACUUACAAGAGAAUGUGGCCCCUAAAGUCACCAUCCCUAUUUCGGAGGGAGUCAAGAAUCAUCUUUGGGCGACCACUUCACCGGAUAUUGAAAAUGGAGAGUUUUAUGAACCUGUUGGAAACACUGGUGGGUUGGAGGGACAUGGCUUGGAUGAUGAGAUGGCGACGAAGCUUUGGGAUUGGACGGAGGAGCAGCUGAAAGAACAGGUCUUGUAA